AUGGCGCUGUCACUGGGAGGCUCUUCUCUACGCCUCGUGGUCGUGUUCCUGUUGGCCUGUGUCUUUGCUCCAUCCCUUGCCCGACCGUCAUCAGCACAUAAUGUUCAACGCUCAAUUCCACUGCCGCCAAGUCAAGACCCUUUCUACCAGCCUCCCGCUGGAUUCGAGUUGCAGCCGCCCGGGUCUAUUCUGCGCGAGCGUGAAGUCGACGUUGCCUUUUUAGGGUUAAUUCUCGACCCCGUCAAGGCCUAUCAAUUGCUCUACCGAACAACCGCCAUUGAUGGCUCGGCCAUUGCGGCGGUGACCACUGUGUUCGUGCCAUUCCUGGCCAAAAAGGACCGGUUCAUCUCACUGCACACGGCCUACGACAGCUCAGCCACUAUCUGCGAUCCGAGCUACAACUAUCGCCUCGCUGCCGCACAAACUGACCUCAUUUCUUCAGCCGAGCAGUUGAUCAUUCAGACAUACCUGGCGCUAGGCAACAUUGUCAGCUCGCCAGACUAUGAAGGUCCCGAUGCAGCCUUUUCGCCCGGCCAUCUGGAAGGUAUGGGAGUGCUGGAUAGCAUGCGUGCCGUUUCCAAUUUCAAGAGUCUUGGAUUGACCGCGGCCAAUCCCAUGAUCGUCGGCACGGGAUACUCGGGGGGUGCUAUUGCGACAGGCUGGGCCGCUUCCUUGCAACCCACCUAUGCUCCCGAGUUGAACAUCAAGGGCUGGGCUCAGGGCGGCACACCGGCCAAUCUCACCGGCACUUUGCUCUUUCUUGACGAUACCCUCUUCAGCGGGUUUCUUCCCGCUGCAGUGGCUGGUCUUUCCAUGCCCAGCGCGUAUGGUGCCGAGUUGAAGCCCGUGAUCGAUAGCAUCGUGACUCCCACAGGAGCACAGGCACUCGCUUCUGCCCGUCAGAACUGCGCACCGGUUGAUCUGCUCACCUUCCCGGACAUGUCGAUCCUGUCGACUGAGUUCCAAAGCCUCGGCCGAGAGCUGUUGUACGAGCCGACGAUCCAAAAGGUUCUCGCUCAGAAUACAUUGGGCGUCAACAAGACCGAAACGCCCACUGCCCCUGUGUUCGUAUAUCAUGCGACACAAGAUGAGAUCAUCCCGUACUCGAACGCAUCUGCUUUGGUCAGCUCGUGGUGCGAAAACGGGGUCAGCGUCAAAUUCACCACGUUCGCCACUGGUGGGCACUUGACAACGGAGAUUGUUGCUUUACCACGGACAAUCUCCUUUAUUGAGAAUGCGUUUCGUGGUCAGGCUCCGAGUGGCUGUUCAAGUGAGACUGUUCUGAGCAGCAUUUUGGAUCCCAUUGCGCUUGGUACCGAGCUUGAGCCUGUGUUGCUCAAGCUGGUUGAAGUAAUCCUUCGUCUGGGCUCGAAUGACUCCAACUUGAAGCAGGAUCCCACUAUACUGACGAAGCCAAUCACUUGGUGA